AUGGAUCGUGGGAAACGUUUGUUCUUACGAGGCGCUCGUACUAAUCUACACCCCGAACACUGUAUUCCCUCACAGAUUUCGCAGCUACGUCAGUUUCGUGAUACGCAGCAUUUAAUGGUUAUUUGCUUGCACAAGCUUGAAUAUCAGACGGGGUUUGGUAAUGAGUUCGCCAGCACCGAUCCACGCGUACCGGAUGCACUUCCUCUCGGAAGGAACUCUCCGCAGGUAUGUCCUCAUGGUCUUUAUGCUGAACAGCUGAGUGGCACUGCAUUCACCGCACCACGAAUGACAAACAAGAGGAGCUGGCUCUAUCGCAUCCGCCCUUCUGUUGUUCACAAGCCGUUUGAGAAAGUGAAAGUAGAGAAUUUCACCAACAAUUUCACCGGAAUCGAAGCCACUCCUAAUCAAUACAGAUGGCAUCCGUUUCCCUUCCCAAAAAAGGAGGGCAUGGAUUUUGUUCAGGGUCUCUACACUAUCUGUGGCGGUGGCGAUGUUGUGUCCCGUACUGGAUUGGCUAUACAUCAGUACUCCUGUAAUGCGUCAAUGACCGGGAAAGCGAUGUACAACUCGGACGGAGAUUUUCUUAUUGUUCCACAGGAAGGCGAACUCUUGAUUACCACUGAAUUUGGCCGAAUCCUAGUGGACAUCCAGGAAAUUGUCAUCAUUCCUCAAGGUAUUCGCUUCUCUGUGGAUAUAAGGGGUCCAUCUCGCGGAUAUAUCCUCGAAGUCUACGGCACUCACUUCCAACUACCCGAUCUAGGGCCCAUAGGAGCUAAUGGGUUGGCGAAUCCUCGUGACUUUGAGACACCAGUCGCGUGGUUCGAAGAUGUCGAUAUGCCAUUUAAGAUCUUCAACAAGUAUCAAGGAUCGUUCUUUGCAUCUGAGCAGGAUCACUCACCGUUUGAUGUCGUGGCAUGGCACGGAAACUAUGCACCGUACAAAUAUGACUUGCGUAACUUCAACGUCAUUAAUACCGUCUCGUUUGACCACUGUGACCCAUCCAUCUUCACGGUACUAACCGCACCAUCGUUGAAAACUGGAACGGCAAUUGCAGACUUCGUUAUUUUCCCACCAAGAUGGGGUGUUGCUGAGAACACAUUCAGACCUCCAUAUUAUCACAGGAACUGCAUGUCUGAAUACAUGGGUUUGAUUGUUGGUUGCUACGAAGCCAAAGAAGGAGGAUUCCGCGCAGGUGGAGGGUCCCUCCAUUCAAUGAUGACUCCGCAUGGUCCUGAUGUUACUUGUUUCGAGAAGGCAUCCAAGGACGAGCUGAAGCCGCAACGCGUCGCCGAGGGAACUAUGUCUUUCAUGUUCGAAAGUUCGCUGAAUAUGGUUAUCACCGAGAAAGCUAAGCAUGAAAACGUGGACAAGGACUAUUAUAAGGAUUGGCAGCAAUUGAAAAAACAUUUCAAAUUGGGCAUACGAUGCGAUGGACCGAUGCUCUCGCAGUAG